GCGGGGCCCCGGCAGCGCCGCCCGCCCUCCCGCCGGCACCGGGGUCCGACCCCGGGGGAGCAGCAGAGGCAGGUGCUGGAGGGAGAACAGUGAUCCCCGUGUCCUCGCUGCCCUGUCGGAGGAGGGGAAGCCGGGAGAAAGCUUCCCUGUGGUGCGGUGCAGCCCGGGACACAGCCGUGAGCGGCCCAAGUGACGGGGUGACACUGCCGGCCUGGCCCCAUCCCCGUCCCCUUUGUCCCCUGCCAAUGCCGGCAGGUGGAGGCUGCACGCUCGGUCGCUGCCCUGGCAUCCCAAGCGUGAGGCCGGGCUCCGGGCCCUGCCGAUCCCCGCGGGACCGUGGCCAUGGCGGCUGCUCUCUCCACCGGAGCCAUCGUGGCAAUCUCUUUUAACUGUGUCAUUGCGUUGCUCAUCCUCAUCCUCUUCCUCAUCCUCUGCAAAGCCUGCAGGACCCCCUCGUGUCCCAAGAAGACGCCGGCUUCUGAUGUGGAUGAGUCAAGGAAUGAAGAGAAGUACCUGCUGCAGCCCUGAUCUGCCUGGGGACUGGGGACUGGGCUGUGCCAGACGGGAUGGCUGUGCUGCACCUCGAGUGCUGGACCAGGCACGAUGAAAGCUGAGGGGACACCCUGAGGGGAAAGCUUGCAGGGGCUGUGACAGGGGGCACGGUCCUUUGCCUUUGUGGUUGUUUUGGUGUGUGAAGUUCCACAGUGAUGAUGGGGAUAGAGAGACAGCUGGUGGGGAUAUGCUACAGGGACACUCGUGCCUGUCCCAGCGGCCAGAGAGCACAGCAGGAGCUCUGCCUUCUGCACCCCUCAUUUGGGAACAGGGUUGUGGGCUCUUCUCUGGCGCUCAUGGCCUGGGCAGCAGCGUCACAGACCUGAGCAAAGCUGGCUGGGUGCCUGGAGAGGGGAGGCAGCAGGGCUGGCACAAGUGCAGGCUGGCUGCUCCAUGGCAGGGAAACCUGAGCAGCCCCAGCCCUCCUGGCAAAGCAGGCCCUUACCAGUCCAGAUGCUUGGGGGUGGCCCUGGGUGCCGUGUGCCCUCAGCCUCAGGUGGGCAUUUGGCAGAUGCCUGCCCGAGCAGCGGGUUUCGUGAGGCACAAGAGGGCCUGCAUGGUCUGCCCGAUCAUCCCCGGCCUGCCUGUCAGUCCCCUCCAGCAUUAGCACCAACGCUGCUAGGCAAACCACCCUCCUCCUCCUCGCUGGGUGCGUGUCCCUGCCCUCCCCCCUGCCUGCUCCCAGCCGAGGUCAGCCGUGGUUUCACCCUGCCUGUGAGCAGGCAUCCCCGAUCCCGCUGAGAGCAGCCUGGUGUGGCUUUUUCCUGGGGAGAUGAGGGUGCCUGGACAAAUAGCUUUGAAGGUUCUUUGACCCUGCCUGUUCCCUGGGGAUCACAGUGGCUCUGUGGGGAGGGAUGCCGUCGUCUGGCUUGUCUGCGAGCCCGACGGCUGCAUCCCCUGCCCUGCCAGUGGGUGCUGUGGGUUUUGGAGGGCUCUGCCUUGCCUUUCCUAGAGCCGAGCAAUAGCCACAGUCACCGCUGGCACAGCCACUGCAAUAAGGGGACAGAAGGGUGGGGUGGGAGGGAUGCCAGUCAGGGCUCCUGCAGAGGCUUGGCCAGGCCUGGCAGAGCCUGUGCCUCCUCCCCGUGUCAGGUGUAGCAAACACAUCCCUUUGCAGCCUUGUUUUUACUAGACUAAUAAACGGAUUGUAGGACCCA